AUGCGAAUGAACGAAAAGAGAAAUCUGCAAACAGGUGCGAUGGAUGGACUAUUGAUUGGUAGACUAGUAGAUCGAAACAACAGCGAGGCACACUUGAGUGAACUAUUUCAAGAUAGUAAUGAUGCUGUUGGUGGCAAAGUUGUCAACCAUGAUGAAGCUUUACUGAAAACAUUGAAAAUUCUGCAACAAGAACUAAAAAGUAAAGAGCAAGAAAUACGGAAAUUAAAAGAAGUCAUAGAGCUGAAGAAUAAGAACGCCGAGAGAUUGAAUGAUGAACUAAUCAGUGGAACCAUCGAGAAUAAUGUUUUACAACAAAAACUAUCUGAUCUAAAAAAAGAGCAUUCCAAGCUUGUUGCCAGAUGGUUGAAAAAGACAGAAAAAGAAACAGAGGUCAUGAACAGCGAAAUGGAGGGAGGAAGAUGA